CAACGACUAGCCGCUUUACACCUCAGUUGUACACCUACAGGCAGGUCGAGGUGAUAUCUCCUGCUCUUUCUGAUAUUUUCUUGUCUUAACCCCACACUGUACGUGAUUUCUGUGGCCGGAAGACACAGUCCCUACCUGAUCUUCUUUACUCACCUGAAAGGAUAUCGAUCGGUUGUCCUCAACAUUGAGCAGAUAACGGGGUUGUGUGUGGUGGCAAAACUCAACCACCUGUGGAUCGGGUGAGAGCGCGGGAGGCGAGGUCACCACCUGUACACGAGACCACCACUACUACUACUACUACCUCUCCUGGCUCAAGGUCAUGGUCUGACACACACACGGGGUGAUGCCAGACAAGUCCAAUCGUUCAGCUGUUGUCACGCUCUCCCAAGACCUGGGACAAGACAACGUUAUAAAAAUGGUGAACCCUUGCAGCCGCGGGGUGGAACGGAAGCAACCCACAACAGAGAAACAAAAGCAUGGGACUGGCCGCGCUGGCCAGGUGUCCGUUAUAAUGGAGGGCCUCUACCUGUCAGGGGCGAGGGCGGUGCGGCAGGCGAGGCUGAGGGACCUGGGGGUGACGUGUGUGGUAAACAGCACUGUGGAGCUGCCUCUGGUGCCUCUAGACGACGUGGAGGUGGUACUUGUCAGGGUAUCCGAUGCCCCGAGCUCUGACCUUGCCGCCCACCUCGACGCCAUCACAGACAAGAUAGAUGACGUGCGUGGGAGUGGCAGGCGUGUGUUGGUGCACUGUGUGGCGGGUGUGAGCCGUUCUCCCGCCAUUAUCCUGGCUUACCUGGUGAAAUACGCCGACAUGAGUCUCCGCCAGGCGUUCCUACACGUGCGAAGUGUCCGUCCAAACAUACGACCAAACGCAGGAUUCUUCUCCCAGUUGAUUGAGUUUGAGAGGCGUGUGCGAGGGUCGACGAGUGUCACCCUGGUGAAGGACACCAACCUAGGACUGUCUAUCCCUGACGUGUGUGAGGACGAGCUCAAAGUCCUGCGGGACACACGGUGGGCGCGGAUGAUCCAUGAACGUCGUAACUUUGAGAGGCUGUACGCGUAGCCGCCGCCCACACCACCUCACACCGCCCUCCUCUGAUCUCACAACACUUUACUGUAAUAGUUUUUGCAUUUUCUACCACUGCUAACUUAACCCAGUCUGGUUGAUCCAAGGCUUCUAGAGAAACUUUUCUUGACCAAUUACUUUGUGAAUAACGUAAAUGUUUCAUAUCGACCAAGCUGUUUGUUUUCAUCGUGUUGUAGCGCUCGCAGCUGUCCGCCACGCACCAGGCUGUGUAGACAAAUGUUUUGUGUACAGGUGAAAACACUCACACUUUUUGGCUACAAGUGACUAACGUGCUGAUAUUGUCUGUACCCAGAGCCAUGAAGUUCUGACUGGUCUCUGACUUUGAUAAAUGUCUUGUAAGUUACUGUCAUCUUUACAACUAAUGGCCCGUCCCAAGCGUCGUGAGAUGUAUCUGAAUUAUUGCUUCGACUCUCCAACUGAGGUUUAAAAAUUCGUCUUGUUUGACGUUUGAAUGAAUAACACGAAAGCAGUAAUUAGUAAAAAAUUUAUCAUUUACUUGGGAGAUCAAAUACCUCUGAAUGAAUGAAUGAAAUGAGAGCACCAAUUAAUGAAGCAUUUUACCUGUACUAAUUAUCUCAGACACCCAGAUGCAUUAAUCUACAGUGAUUCUUUACCACGUUAACGUAUACGGUCUCUAAUAGCACGAGAGACCAAUCACCACCACUGUCUCCUCUCACACACUGCACCAUUACAGUGUGUAACUACCCUUAAUGACUGGGUGUUUCCCGUGUUUAUAAAUGUAAUGAAUCUUUCUGUCUUUAAAAAUAGUGUAAUUGGGAGAAUUUUUUAUACCAAAGCUUAAGUUACAAUCUUCUACCUAUGUUAAUAUGAACAACUGUCAAAAGGUAUUAGGUGUUUAACUCAAUAAGGACGUAAUAAUCAUAGGUUAUAAUAGCGAAUUUCAACUUAAACUUACGGACUAAUUACAGGUGUUGUUGUAAUUGUCGUAAGGAAAAAUUUUGAAAUUGUAGUUCCUAUGUUGUUACGUCUUUCUCUCUCCCGAGGUGAUAGUUGUUGACCUUGUUAGGCGUGAUGGAUGAGGGUAGAGUGUCUUUGCUUCCAUUUCUUUUUGCAUUUCUCGAUAUUUUUGUACACUUUUGUCUGUCUGUCUGGCUGUCUGUCUGUCUGUCUGUCUGUCUGUCUGUCUGUCUGUCUGUCUCUUUCUGUCUGGAGAUUGAUAUUUUAUUUGUGUGUAUCUUGUUUUAGUCAUUUAUAUUCAAUGUUUGUUUUGAUAUUACUCUCUCC